AUGACAACCACCGUCGAGCCUCCUUCUCCAAAGCGUCCCGGUUGCAAGCUACACGGCAGGGCCUUCUAUCAAAGCAUCGGCUCUCCCAAACGUAUCGUUGCUCCCAUGGUAGACGCCAGUGAAUUGGCUUGGCGGAUCCUCUCACGUAAAUAUAAUGCCGAUGCCGCAUACUCGCCCAUGUUGCAUGCCCGAUUAUUCGCAGAAACAGAAUCCUACAGACGUCAAUCCCUUCGCUACGCUCCAACUUCUUCUUCCACCCCAUCUCCAACUUCAACUUCAACUCUAACUUCAACUUCAACUCCGAUCUCUUCUACCUCCACCAAUCACAAUCAACCCGCUCUUCCCUACGAUGGAGACCACAAAUCCGACAGACCUUUCUUGAUCCAAUUCUGUGCCAACGAUCCUCAACAUCUCCUAGCUGCUGCCAAAAUCGCCCAGCAUCAUUGUGAUGCCGUUGAUUUGAACUUAGGAUGCCCCCAAGGCAUCGCCAGAAAAGGCCAUUAUGGUGCCUUUUUGCAGGAACAGCCCGAUCUCAUCUACAAACUCAUCAACACUCUCCACAAGGAACUUGAUAUCCCCGUCACCGCCAAAAUCCGUAUUCUAGAUACAAAGGAGGCCACUUUGGGAUAUGCAAAGAUGGUGUUAGAUGCUGGUGCUAGCAUCUUGACCGUCCACGGCAGACGGAGGGAUCAAAAAAGUCACAAUACCGGUUUGGCCGAUUGGAGCUAUAUUCGAUACCUACGGGACAAUCUUCCACCGGAAACCGUCAUAUUUGCCAACGGAAACAUCCUCUACAGCGCUGACAUCGAGGCCUGUUUGGAAAUCACCGGCGCCGACGGUGUCAUGUGCGCUGAGACAAAUCUCUACAACCCCGCUGUCUUUAUGCCCUCCACCGCUAGCUUCGAAGAAAGGUUCCCGCGGGUCGAUAUAAUGGUUCGUCAGUACCUUCACAUCAUCCGGGAUCUCACCUUCGGGGAAGGUAACCCAGUCGUAGAGCUUUCCAGGGAACAGUAUCGGGAAAACGCAUCUUUGAUAUGCGUCAAGUCGCAUCUCUUUAAGCUCCUGCAUGCCGUCUUUACCAGAAAAGAAUAUCACUACAUCCGGAACACUUUGGGCAAGGCAACCGGCCAGAGGUUUGAUGAAAUACUCAAGCUAGCCGAUGAUUUGGAGAAAAUAGUCGAAGAGCAGCUGAAGCUCACCCCAGAGACACCGGAGCAAUGGGAUGAUAUCAUGAAAGAAGCAGGUGGGCCCGGGGCUGAUGCAAAAAUUCUACGGAUACCAUGGUGGAGAUGCCAACCCUACGUCAGACCGACCCCGCAGCAAGCUUACGAGAACGGUGCCAUGCAGAAAUCAAAGAAGGAACUCAAUGUGGCAUCCAAUAAAGGCGCCAAAGAGUCUAAGCGCGAGCUCGACUCUGAAUCUGCGGCCCUGGAUUCGAAGGAGGAAGCACCAGCUAAGCGGCAGAAAGUGGAGGAGCCACAGCCGGAGACGCAGCUGGAGCAGAUCAUAACGAAUGACCAAUUGGCCUUACUAGACUCCAAAGUCUCUGGUUAG